AUGGCCGUCACAUACCACAACGGCAUCUCUAUCUUCCAAUUGAUCAUCUACCUCCCGGCCUUCUUCUUAUCCAGCAUCCUCGUGUUUCGUCACGGUCUACGCAGAAGCAGCGGCUUUUUCUUCCUCAAUGUUUUCGCCCAGGCACGUAUCGUGGGCAUAUGCUGCGAUCUCGCAACAAUAACCAACCAGCUGGCAAUGGGUCUAUAUGUUGGUGCCGCAGUUUGUAGCUCUAUCGGGUUGUCUCCAUUACUCCUAGCAUGUACAGGACUCCUCUCAAGGGCCAACUUAUCCAUCGGAAAUACCACCGGUCGUCGACCACUACCCCAUUUCGUCUUCUAUUUCUUCCACGCUUUGACAAUCACCUGUCUAGCGCUCACGGUAGCCGGCAUCACGGCCGACAUGUCCCCUCAGGCUAUGCAGAACCCCGACAUCAAAAUAAAAGUCGGCGUGAUUCUAUAUAUUAUUUCAUGGGCGGUAAUGUGCCUCUUCUUGGCUAUACUCGCCUGGCACCGCGGCUCUCUCGAGAAAGGCGAACACCGCACCCUAGUGGCCGUGGCCAUCUCAACGCCGUUUCUUCUUGUCCGCAUCCACUAUUCGGUUUUCAUGUGGUUCUCACACAACCCCGACUUUAGUCUGUUCAACGGAAACGUCACUGUGCAGCUAGUAAUGUCUGUAUUGGAGGAAGUUGUCGUCGUUGUUGUGUGUUUGGCUAUUGGGAUGACCUUGCGCGUCCGGGGUAAGACUUCUUCACGUGAAGAGGAGGCCGGUGCUUCCGAUCACCUCUUGGCUUCAUAUGCGCCCAAACCCUAG